GGAGAUUGAAGAAGCCAAGGAGGAUCUUCGUGGAAAGGGCGUCACGGUGGACUAAAGAGCGAUAUACAGGGGGUUGUCUUGCGACGGGCUAGGCUACGAUGUGAAGCCUUAAGCUUGUGCAUGGCACACAAGAAACACGCGAUACUGUCUUGAGAAGAGGCAGUAGAUGCCUGUGCCUUGCUUCGACCUUGCUCCGGUUUGUAUAUAGUCUAUAGAGCAGCUCGUUGAGGCUUCCUCCUGUGUAGCAGCAGCAGCAGCAGCAGCAAUCAGACCCAACACCCAAAAGACGCACAACCAAAACCCCUGCAUGCUUAAGCUUGAAUCUCUCCUUAUCCUCUAAAUCAGCUCAUCUCUCUCAUUGCUCAGCUCCCUCUUGACUCUUGCUCAACUACAAACCAGCUAUGACACUCUCUCAACCCAUCGAUAUCGGCAUCAUCGGUAUGGGCGACAUGGGCAAGAUGUAUGCCCGUCGACUCGCAGCAGCAGGCCAUCAAGUAUACGCCUGUGACAUCCCCUCAAAGCACUCCAUUCUUCAACAAGAAUUCUCAAAAGACCACGGCAUCACCAUUGUUCAAGAUGGUCAUGCAGUGAGUCGACGAAGCGAUUGGAUCUUGUAUAGCGUUGAAGCCGCUGUCAUUGAACGCGUCGUAGCGCAAUAUGGACCGAGUACAAAAGUGGGCGCUAUUGUAGGCGGUCAGACGAGUUGUAAAGCACCAGAGAUGAAGGCUUUUGAACGCUACUUGCCACCGGAUGUCGAGAUCGUCUCGUGUCAUUCACUACAUGGACCAGGUGUUGAUCCAGAAGGUCAGCCACUCGUUGUGAUACAACACAGGGCAACGGAUGCUUCUCGCGAUCAAAUCGAAGCAGUCUUGUCGUGCUUCAAGAGUAAAAUGGUCAGGUUAUCUGCUGCUGAGCAUGAUCGUAUCACAGCCGACACACAAGCCGUCACACACGCCGCCUUUCUAUCCAUGGGCGUUGCAUGGCGCAAGAAUGAUCAGUUCCCUUGGGAAGUCACGCGAUGGUUGGGUGGAAUUGAGAAUGUCAAGGUGAACAUCACAUUACGCAUCCUAUCGAAUAAAUGGCACGUCUAUGCUGGAUUGGCCAUCUUGAAUCCUGCUGCGAGGGAACAGAUUCGGCAGUAUGCGACGUCUGUGACGGAGUUGUUCAAAUUGAUGCUAGAGGGGAACCAGGCUGCUUUUGAGAAGCGAAUUAGAGAAGCUGGACGUGCUGUGUUUGGAGCGUUACAAACGACGCAUGAAGCACUCCUGUUGCAAGACGACGUGCUUGAUCGAUUCUCAUUGGGAUCCACGCCAAAGGAGCAGCAUAUGCCGAAUUCACACCUCUCACUGCUAGCCAUGGUGGAUUGCUGGCACAAGAUGGGCAUUGUCCCUUAUGACCACAUGAUUUGUUCAACACCACUAUUCCGACUCUGGUUGGGUGUGACGGAGUAUCUCUUCCGUCAACCAGCCCUCCUCUCGGAAACGAUCCAUGCUGCACUGCAUGAUAACCAAUUUCGAUCGGAUGAUUUGGAAUUCACCUUUGCGGCGCGUGGGUGGAGUGAUAUCGUCUCAUACGAGGACUUUGAUUCGUAUGAGAAACGGUUUCUUGACGUGCAAGACUACUUCCGACCACGAUUUGCAGAAGCGACAAAACUUGGCAAUGAAAUGAUUCGUACAAUCUUUGAAAAGACGCAACAACAGGGCUAGGCCUCUUCUGCAAGGAUGUCUGGAUGAGCGAGCCAAAAGUCGUCUUGAAUGAUGUCUACGUGACAUUCGCUCAAGCCUGCUUUCCGCCGCUUGUCGAGAGCUUUGUUGGACAUGGCGUGGGUAUUUGAAUCAGAGAACAAGACUGUGCCCUUUCUGCAGAUUGCAUCCUCGUUAUUGUAGUUGAUGCCAUACUCUUUAAAGAGAAUCUCAUUCUUGUCCUUGGCAA